AUGAUACCAUCCAUUUGGAUCUUCGUAGUUUUCUCCAUGCAUCUAAAAGGUUUUUUGUGCACGAUCGACCGCCUCGAGCUCAUAAUGCCCCGAUACGCUAUCAGGGGCGGCGAUGUGAUACUCCGGUGCGAUCACAGCGUGCCCCCCGAACAGCUCUAUAAGGUGGAAUGGCGAAAAGCUGACAACAAGAUUUUUCAGUACAUUAAGGGCAGGAAGCCCCCCUUCAGGUACUUUGCGACACCGGGAGCGCAAUUAGCGAAAGCGAACAGCAGCGAAAAACAAAUCCAGCUUUCCAAAUUGGAUUUCUCAGCCUCGGGAUCAUAUUCGUGUGUGGUUUCUAUGGAUACGCCCAUCUUUACCAAGGACUCGGAAAUGAAGGAUCUCACUGUCAUAGAACCCCAGGAAACCGAUCCGGAGAUAACAUUUAACAAGAACACCUACGAAAUCGGGGAAGUCCUAGAAGCCAACUGCACCACAGCCCCCUCCAGACCACCCCCUCAUAUCACUUGGUUAAUUAACAAUGAAAAGGUUCCUGAUAAAUUAACGAAAUCGUUUUCCAACGGGAUGAUCCACGGCCACGGAUAUUUCGAUCAAAAAGCGUUUUCUAUCAAACAGUUGUCGGUGGAAGUAUCCGACCUACAUGUGGGAGACGACGGACAAUUAACGUUAACCUGCAUUUCCACAAUUCCCGGAUAUGUAAAUAAUCUAGAAAAUUAUGCCGAUCUGCGGACCGCAGAGGCCACUAUCGACAUUGAACUAACAGAAGGCCCCGUCGGCGAAGCCAUUUCCAACGUCACUCCAAACGCCACUUCGUGGAGGACCUGCCUGAAUUUUUCAUUAUUUUCAUUAUCACUGCUAGCGACGUCUUUGAUGUGAAGGAUCGCCGCCUGCUCGAACCUCGAAAAGGACGAACAUUAGGAGACAAUUAACGUUUUAUUUCUAUUUUCUAUGAGAAUCUUUUCGACGUAGCUGAAGGUGCUGACGUUCGAUCGGGCUUGUGGCUAACGUCCCAAGCGGCGGAAACUGUUUUAACGGUUACUUUCAACGAAAGUGUGGUGAUUAUUUUCUGCUUUUGCGUUAUGUGAUUGUUAAUUGUAUUGCGAAAUUGAGUUAUUUGAGUGUACUUACAGAAUUUCAAUUUUGAUUAUUUCAUUCAAUUGAGUUUCUAAUAAAGCAAGAGAAAAAAAUUGAAAGCCUUUCCAGGUUUAUUUUCUGUUAUCAUGAACAAUAAUUAUAAACUCAGUUUAGUAAAAAAGGAAACUCAAAUUAAAGGUAAAUCACUAAAAAGAUUUAAGCCUGAGUUUUUGCUUUUGUAUAUAUUUUUUUAAUUAUUCUAUAUUUAAAAACAAUAAAAUAACUAAUAUGUUAUUAGUUUAAGGGCAACAACUUACAAGCUUACAAGAGAUCUCAUUUUCCAUAGCUAAAAGUAAUGUUAAAAUUUUUAAAACUUCUAUUUGUUUCUUACCGACCAAUUUAGUUUGAAAAUUGUGUUCAAAUCUUGAAUGGUCCUUGUGGCUGCUGUCUUAGAUACACUGCCGUUCAGCUUGUAUAAAAUGGGUAUAUUAUAUCAGAUACAGUUUAUAUUUUUAUCCAGUUUUUAUUUGAUUUUGAUGGUAUAUACAGUCGGAAAAAUGAAAGA